UACGCACAUUACGUGAACGUAGCACAGACUCCGGUUACCGGGGCUGCGUCAGCUGUUUCUAUUUUCUCCAUCUCGCCCUCCGACCCGGAAGUGCUCGCGCACACACAUAUGCUCACGUACCCGCACGCAGAGCGUACGCGUUCCUCCCUCCAUCACACACCGGACUCCGCUUCGACCACCGACACCGAGCUCUGUGGGCCGGACCGAGCAGGACCGCGCCAUGUCCCUGCAGCUGCCCCCGUGCGUGAUAGACUGCGGGACCGGAUACACAAAGAUCGGCUAUGCAGGAAACACCGAGCCACAGUUCAUCAUGCCGUCCUGUAAGCAUCUCACAGCAACGACGGACAGACAGUAUCGCAAUCAAGGAGUCAGCCAGCGUGGGAGAGCAGGCCCAGAGGAGGCUCGUACGAGGAGUCGAUGACCUGGACUUCUACAUCGGCGACGAAGCCGUAGACAAACCCAACUAUGCAACCAAGUGGCCAAUCCGACACGGGAUGGUGGAGGACUGGGACCUGAUGGAGAAGUUUAUGGAGCAGGUCAUCUUCAAGUACCUGCGAGCUGAACCUGAGGACCACAGCUUCCUCAUGACAGAGCCUCCUCUCAACACUCCAGAGAACAGGGAGUACUUGGCUGAGAUCAUGUUUGAGACCUUCAACAUACCUGGACUCUACAUCGCAGUACAGGCGGUGCUGGCGUUGGCGGCGUCCUGGACAUCCCGGCAGGUGGGACAGAGGACUCUGACCGGCAUCGUCAUUGACAGCGGAGACGGCGUCACACACGCCAUCCCCGUGGCUGAGGGCUACGUGAUUGGCAGCUGUAUAAAACACAUCCCCAUAGCAGGGCGGGACAUCACCUUCUUCAUCCAGCAGCUUCUUAGAGACCGAGAGGUGGGGAUCCCACCGGAGCAGUCUCUGGAGACCGCCAAGGCCGUGAAGGAGCGAUACUGUUACAUCUGUCCGGACAUCGUGAAGGAGUUCACAAAGUAUGACUCUGACCCAGGAAAGUGGAUCAAACAGUACCGAGGAGUCAACGCCAUCAGUAAGACCGCCUUCCACAUUGACGUGGGCUACGAACGCUUCCUAGGCCCUGAGAUCUUCUUCCACCCCGAGUUUGCUAAUCCAGACUUCAUGCAGCCUAUCUCUGAUGUCGUUGAUGAGGUCAUCCAGAGCUGUCCAAUUGAUGUGCGCAGACCGCUCUACAAGAACAUCGUGCUGUCUGGAGGUUCCACCAUGUUCAGAGACUUUGGCCGGCGGCUGCAGAGGGACCUGAAGAGGGUGGUGGACGCUCGGCUGAAGCUGAGCGAAGAGCUGAGCGGAGGACGGAUAAAGCCGAAGCCGAUGGAGGUUCAGGUCGUCUCACAUCACAUGCAGCGUUACGCCGUCUGGUUCGGAGGCUCUAUGUUGGCGUCCACGCCGGAGUUUUUCCAGGUGUGUCACUCGAAGAAGGACUACGACGAGAUCGGGCCGAGCAUCUGUCGACACAACCCCGUGUUUGGCAUCAUGUCCUGAUGACAGCGGCGAGCCCAUCGGCCCGCUAACCUGUUAGCCUGCUAGCAACCAGCCACUCAGCCAUUAGCCUGAUAGUUUUUUGCCCUUCUCAGUUUUCACCUAUGAAGCUGCUAACCUGUUAGCGGGCUAGCUCAGCAUCAUCAAGCACAUGGAGAACGUGAAGCACAAAGGCAGUUAGAGAGCAAGACAAAGUUUGCAGUGGUUUUGUUUUGAUAAAUUUACUCCACAGAGAAAAAAACGUCUUCAAGCAACUUAAAGAAGUCCAGACGCUUUUCUUUGCAAGCUCCUUUGUCCACAGAGAAGAAUUUUACCGAGAACAAGAGGAGCUGCAGGAGACCUGGUGUAGCUAGCCAACCUUCUUCCAACACGUAGCAGUGCUAAUAGAGAUCCUCCGAAGCUGAGGCUGUUGUCCCGACAGCAGAUAGAGAUAAAUAUGGCGCCUGCUCGCCUCUCAUCCUCAUUUCGGCCUCUUAUCAAACACAAGCCGCCGCUCUGUGCUGAAGCUGGCGACGGUGGAUUUAACAGGACAAGCCUCUGGAUGUUUUCUGUCACUCGGCAUUUAUGUCAGCAUGUUUGUGGCCCUGCUAUAACGAUCAGACUCACACUGAAUCUCACUGACUUUUUGUCUCUAAACUAGGAAAAGCUCUAAAAUCCGUCUCUUCGUCUUUCGGACAGUGUCGUAGACAGACAGAAAAUAAUUUUCUUUGGUGGUGAUGGUCUCAUUUUCUCUCUAGCAGCACAAUCAGGUGUAGUUUUGAGCGCUGCAGCCUGCAGAGGGCGCCAAUGGUGUCAGGACAGCGACGCAGUGUGACGUCACAAUCAAAGGGGACCUGUUCUGCUUUUUCUCGUUUUCUGGUACAAGAGUAAAGUCAUAGUCUCUGAUGUUGAGAUGAAACACCACCCAUGUGUCAGAUAACGAGCUCAUCACCACACUGGCUUCCUGAAAUUUCUGUUUGCUCCAGUCUCACAGUGAUGGAGUGAUGUUGGUCUGAACAUCACUCUCUGGGUCUACGGCCCCAAGAUCCCCCCAAAAACCACCAGACAGAAUACAAAGGGAGAGUAAAUCUAUUCAUGUUAACAUAUAAAGGGUAUUUUGUGACUUUAGAUAUAAGAGACAUGACUGUGGCUCAGCAUGAGCAUUUAUUUUUUGGAUUAGCGUGAGCCGGGAAGAGGCUCCAAAUGAUUCUGGGUCAUGGAUUUAGUUUUUAAUGUGGUCAGGCUCUAUAUUUGUAAAAUAAAUAAAUAAAUAAAUAAUAAUAAUAAUAAUAUAAACUUUGCAUUAAUAAAUAUUUAUAUUGACUGAGAGAGCAAGAAUCAGACCGAUCAAAGAUCAGGUCCAAACAACCUGUAGCAUGUGUUCAGGUGCAGUCAUGUGAUGGGCACGUCUUCCAGAAGUCAUUGUUAGGUGAGACGCUCAGUUUGGAGAUUUGCUUCCACAACACGUUUUCUCUUACAGCGCAGGGAUGAAAGCAGAUAAAAUCCACGUUAUGCCAAUGAGUAUUUCUUAAACGAGAUGAAGCCUCAUUUGCAUAUUUAAAAAUCAACCUCCAAACAGUUCAUGUCUAUAAUUAGUCAGUUUCACGAUAUUAUCUGUACAUACUGGUUUGCAAUAAACAUGUAUGAAGUUCUGCAGAUCAUA